AAACGUCAUAAGUAUGUGGUAAUCCAAGAAUACAAAAAUGACGACACACGUCCAUAAAGUAAAUUUACGAAUUAUCGUUGCCUUGCUCCUGUGCGCGCUUUACGUGCCGAUUUGUGCGGCAAUCGAAGCCGAGAUUGAUCUCGACGUAGAAGGAAACGGGUUUCAUAGAACGUUAAUCUAUCGGAUACACUUUAAGAAUCUUACCCAGGAUGGCUGUCAAUCUGCCAUUUACAUGGAAUUACCAUCGGCAUUGUACGUCAAUAUAGACGAAAUAGCAGAAAUGAGAAGAAAAGGAACAAAUACAGUAUGCUCCAUUGGCGAGACCAACGUCGAAUUAUUCGCAGAGAAGGCUGGUCAACAGAACAUUACAACUUGUGCAUCCAUAAAUUCGUCAUCCUCCAGUUUAACAAUUCCCAUUCACCAACGUUAUCGAUAUGCGCACAAAUCUGGUGAUUAUGUCAACGUGACUUUGCCCGAAGUAAAACUGCUGCUGGGAUGUCGGAAGAGGAUUAGGGACCACAGGGUAUCUAAAAUAGACUUAUGCAAACCGUGUGUCGAACUAAUGGCCAAGUGGCGUGAGAUUCCAUAUCAUAUGUCAAACAAUCGCAAUUACAUUUGGCCAAUACCAGUCGGUGAUUCCUCUGUUUCACUUUUUGUUACUUGUGCCACAUUACUGUCAACGAUUGUUGGUGCUAUAUUUAUCGGGUAUGCAAUUCGAACUAAUACAUUGCAUCACUCGAAAGAAGACUGA